GUCGGGAGCGGAUAGGGCUUUACUGUUCACGUGCUGUAUGCGAAGCAGUCUUUUAGGCAAAAGGUUCCGGCAGGCGGCUAUUUUUCUGUUGGUAAAACUGGCCUCUGAUUUGCUGUGCUAAAUCUAGAUCAUUUUCGAUUUUAUACUGAUUUUUUUUUAAAUAGACAGCUGGAGAAUUGCUGCUUUUUUAUGGACAUGCACAAUGUUAUGUAUUAAUUGCGGCAAAAUUGACUAGCAGAUAACAAGAGGGUGGCGAAGACCAAAUGGACAGAUCAGGGACGUACGACCCCGGACGUUUUUUCAAUAUUUGUAGCUGUUUAUCCAAUAAACACAAUGAACUCACAAACUCAUUCGCAAUAUGCCCUGCAAAACGUCUCAAAGCUUUGCUAUUUUGAUUUGGUAGUCCUACUACGAUAUAUGGAAGCAGUUUUUCUUUAACGACCUUCCACUUUACUUUGAAAGUAUAACUUACUUGUAUCUUACUUGAUAUCAACUGUUAAAAUUUUUCUUGAAAGAUCAAUUUAUUCUCAUUUCCUCUUACUUAUUCCUUGACCAUUUUUUAAUUCAUUGCCUAAUACAUUUAAGAUGUCUUAAGUUAAUUAUAACGUUAAAAAUGAGUAAAGUAAUUCCUUUAGAGAAAUUAUCGACAUAUGUGCGUUAGAAUUGUCGACAGUUUCUUUAUAAACAUUUCCCUCAGCUGGGCGGAGUGUCUCUUGUUGCUCGCCGAAGAGUUUUGAAAGCCGGGGCGGGGCUGGAACGUAGUUGUGUCUUUGUAUUUUAAUUCAGCUGAAGCCAUAGAUACAUUAUACAAGUACAGCUCAUGGCUUCCGCCAGACCUGGAACAGGAAGACAUCGGUCGGCCGGUCAUCAUGUAACAAGCGUGGAUAUUGAUCCCACCGAGCCUGUCGUGGACGAAUUUGAUCCAUUUCAAGAUCAGAAUAAUGUAGAUGUCGAUGAAGAUCCUACAUACGAGCCUCCACCAGAAAAAGAAUGGUACCACGGCCGUCUCGAUCGGCAGGGCUCCGAGGAGAGGCUGCGCAACUUCGGCAAGACGGGCGCCUACCUGAUCCGCGAGUCGGACCGCAAGCCCGGCUCCUACGUGCUCUCCUUCCUCGGCCGCACCGGCGUCAAUCACUUCCGGAUCACGGCCGUGUACGGCGACUUUUACAUCGGCGGCCGCCAGUUCGCCUCGCUCUCGGACCUGAUCGGCUACUACACGCAGUACUCGGACCUGCUGAAACGGGAGCGGCUGGAGCACCCGGUGCCGCCGCCGGAGCCCGUCAAUGACCGCAGGAAGGCCGUCGCAGUGCUGCCCUAUACCAAGAUGCCCGACACUGAGGAGCUCAGUUUCCAGAAGGGCGACAUCUUCUUCGUGCACAACGACUGCGGCGACGGCUGGCUGUGGGUGACGGCACACCGCUCCGGCGAGCAGGGCCUCAUCUUCCAGGAGCUGACCGAGACCCUGGACGAGACGGUCGACCCCAACUCGGUCUACCCCUGGUUCCACGGCACCGUAUCUAAAAACGAGGCCGUCGAUCUUCUAGUCAAAGCUGGUCCGGGCAGCUACCUGGUCCGUCCCAGCGACAACUCUCCCGGCGACUACUCUCUGUUCUUCCACAUCAACAACCAGAUCCAGCGCUUCCGGAUAGAGAAACGCGGCGUCCGGUACGUGAUGGGCGGCCGGACGUUCGAGUGUCUGGAGGCGGUCAUCAACCGCUACAAGGUCGAGCAGAUCGUCGAGGGACACACGCUCUCGCAGCCGGUCAAGAAGGUCAGCUCGGAGCUGGACGGCCCCGUCCAAUCGCGGGUCGUCCACCACGCCGACGAGAUCUACGCCACACUGCGCGAGUGCAGGGAGAUGCAGGGACUCAAAAAGAGCAAAGGUAUUAAAAUGCAGGGAUAUCUUAGCAAGAAAAAUGAGAAGAAUAAGAAGUGGAAGACCAUGUACUUUGUGUUGCAAGUGGAGGGCACCGAUACUCAUCUUCUGUUUUAUGAUAACCCCAAGCGUAUGAAGCCCAAGGGUCUGAUGGACCUCAGCUGUGCCUAUGUGUAUCCGGUGGACGACUCGCUGUUCGACCGGUCCUUCUGCUUCCAAAUCGUCGAGAAGGCGCUGCCGUGCCUGGCCACCGUCACCUACCUGUGCGCCGGCUGCCAGGACUCGAUGCAGGACUGGGUGUCGGCGCUGAAGCCGCUGUGCGUGCCGCAGAACGCGCGGCUGCCCAAGGUGGCCAACCUGCGCGAGCUGCGCUGUCUGCAGAUCACCGUUCUCGAGGCGUACCGGCUGCCGCUGAAGCUGGUGCCCAGUCCCUUCUGUGUGAUCGCCGUCAAUCAGGUCAAGGUGGCGCGCACCAAGGUCAAAACUGGACCCGACCCUGUCUGGGGAGAGGACUUUGUUCUAGACGACCUUCCACCGGACGUGCUGACGUUCAGCGCCAUGAUCUACAACAAGGGCAAGCGCUCCAAGGACAGCGAGGUGGCCGAGGUCACCGUCGAACUGAAGGACCUCACCAGCGGCGAGGAGACGGAGAACUGGUACCAGCUGUCGGGCAUUACGCCGAUCGGCGAGUGGGGCUCGCUGCGGCUGCGGCUGCGCUACAGUCACGACCUGGCCAUGCCCUGCGACGAGUACUCGUCACUCAAGGAGCUGCUGCUCGACGGUCAACUGGAGGUGGUGCGCGCCCUGGCCGGACUGCGGCACGUCGACCGGCUGCCGCUGGCGGCCGCCCUGCUCAAGGUGUUCAGGUUCGAAAAGAAGGAGGCCGAACUGCUACAGACGCUCAACGACCUGGAGAUCGAGACGGAGGAGGACAAGUCGACGCUGUUCCGCGGCGCCACGCUCACCACGGCGCUGCUCGACCUCUACAUGAAGUCGGUCUGCACCGGCUUCCUCCACGUGGCCAUCUCCGACAUGGUCAACAAGAUCGUCGAGUCCAAACAGACGUGUGAGCUGAACCCGUCCAAGAUGGACCACCAGGACGACGCGUGUAGUAACGCCGAGUACCUGCUGGAGGUUCUGGACAGGAUCACCGACUCCAUCUUCCUGUCCGCAGAGGACUGUCCCAGGACUCUGCGCUACAUCUGCGGCUGCCUGCAGCGCAGCGUGGCCGCCAAGUGGCCCAACGAGAAGCUGGUGCGCACGCGAGUCGUCUCCGGGUUCGUGUUCCUGCGGCUCAUCUGUCCGGCCAUCCUGAACCCGCGGCAGUUCGGAUUGCUCACUGAGCCGCCGCCACUGCAGGGCGCCCGCUCGCUGGUCAUGGUCGCCAAGUGUCUGCAGAACCUGGCCAACUUGGUCGAGUUUGGCGGCAAAGAGCCCUACAUGGAGGUGGUCAACCCGUUCAUCAUCAAAAACCGCGAGCGUAUGGUCGGCUUCCUGGACCACCUCUCGAACGUGCAGGUUCGGCCCGAGCCGGAGGACCUGCCGCUCAAAGGAGACCCGGCCAGGGAGCUGGGCAUCAUCCACCAGAUCUGCUCACAGCAUCUCAAACACAUCCAGGACCAGUGCAGGACACAGCCGAGCCUGCGGAAGCUGGUGACGGUCACUCAGAUCCUGGACAAGCAUAAGAAGACGUACCAGGAGAUGAUCCGGCAGGCGGCGAGCGGCGCGACCACCGGCAGCACGAUGGGCUCGCGGCCGCCGGCGCCCUCCACGCCGCUCGUCUGACCGGCCCUCCCGCCUCAGACACUUCACGCACAGAGCGACUGAGAGACCGAGUGGCUGGCUGACAGACCGGGCGCGCACCCACGCGCACGUGCGCGCCCAACGCGAUAUUAUCGGGGCCGCUCGCCGGCCCGGACUGGCUGUUUUCUACUGGCGCGAGCGAGCGAGAGCGUUUGUUUGCUGUGCCAAAUGUGUUGGUUGGUGCGAGUCGGCGCCGAGUGGCUGCGCGGUCGGCGAAUGUGGCAGUCUGAGGUGGACGCACCGCGCCGCGACAGGUUGGAAUCGCCUCGAUUUACGUGUGCGCAUGGCCCAGUGUCGGUGUAACGAUCUGUCAUAAUCGGGUGAAACCUUAGUUUGAAACGCUUCAAGCGCAUGAAUUAGGUGUUUCCAAUCGUUGGCGGCGCUUUUGACGUCGCGGUUCCGCUGUGUUGUGCCGAACAGAUCUGUUGCCUCAGUCUUUUCCCGCUGUCUUUGCGCACCUUUCGGUGUCGAUGCUUGCGCGCUGGCGUCAUAAUGGUGCUCUCAGGUUCCGGCGCGGCGCUCGCCGGUGUCCGCUCAGUUGGCGUCGUGUUCCGUCUCCCCGUGCGUCGGGCGCCGCGGCCCCGCCCGACCGCUCCGUGAUACGUAUUGCUUUCCUGUAGCCGCAGCCCGAGCCGCAGGGAGCUGCGGGCGCCGCCUGGCCGCGUCGGCGUGUGUGUGAACGCGGGCGAGUGGCAGUCAGUCACGCAGUCAUACCAUCAUUUGUAUUCAUUUGUGUUCAUUGUUUUGUAGUAUUUUAACCGAUGAAUAUAACCCCCACAUUGUC